CAGCACUGGUCGUCAGUACUCGUCCUGGCGCUCAAGGGCACCGCCAUGGCGUGCAUCAUAGUCGCCGCCAUCCUCGGCAACCUCCUGGUCAUCGUGAGCGUCAUGAGGCACCGCAAACUGCGCAUCAUCACCAACUACUUCGUCGUGUCGCUCGCGUUCGCCGACCUGCUCGUCGCCAUGGUCGUCAUGCCGUUCAACAUGAGCGUGCAGAUCAACGAGCGCUGGCUGUUCGGCUUCUUCAUGUGCGACGUGUGGAACUCGCUGGACGUCUACUUCUCCACGGCGUCCAUCCUUCACCUGUGCUGUAUCAGCGUCGACCGCUACUGGGCCAUCGUGAAGCCGCUCAAGUACCCCAUCAACAUGACGAAGCGCGUCGUCGCUUUCAUGCUGGUCGGCACUUGGUUGUCCCCGGCUAUCAUAUCCUUUCUUCCCAUUUUCAUGGGCUGGUACACGACUUUCGAAAACCAGAGGUUCCGCGAGGAGAACCCCGACCUCUGCGAGUUCAAAGUGAACAAGUGGUACGUGGUCGUCUCGUCGCUGAUCUCCUUCUGGAUCCCGUGCACCAUCAUGAUCUUCACGUACCUGGCCAUCUUCCGCGAGGCCAACCGGCAGGAGAAGCAGCUGCACUCGCGCAUCGGCAACGCGAUGCUCAUGAACCAUCACCGCAACAGCCGCGAGUACGCCAACAGCAACGGGGACGUCAUGAGCAGCAGCGGCGGCUCCUCCAAGACGCUCACCUUGCACGAGGUCCACCACGGGGACGUGCACUCGACCCCCACCAAGGACCGCAAUAUCAUCAAGAUGAAGCGCGAGCACAAGGCGGCGCGGACGCUGGGCAUCAUCAUGGGCACGUUCAUCCUGUGCUGGCUGCCCUUCUUCCUGUGGUACGUGUCAACUUCGCUGUGCGACACCUGCCCGUGCCCGGACCUGGUCGUCGACCUGGUCUUCUGGAUCGGCUACUUCAACUCGACGCUGAACCCCAUCAUCUACGCGUACUUCAACCGGGACUUCCGCGAGGCGUUCAAGAACACGCUGCAGUGCGCCUUCUGCAGCCUGUGCCGGCGGCCGCCGUCCGACCUGGACGCGCUCGACGUGCGCCGGCACUCGCUGCGCUACGACGAGCGCACGCGGAGCAUCUACUCGGAGACGUACCUCAGGCACAUCGACCGCCGGCGCUCCAGCGAGUUCGGCUCCAGCCUGUGAUCCGAGGCCACCGCGCUCUAGCUGCCGGGCUCGCUGCCUCGGCACUGCCGCAUCGCAGUCGAUGCCUUCUAGAGUGCGGUGCUACGUACCCUCUCCACAAAGCAAUAACGGACUGCAGGGCGAUACCCACGGCUGCAACAAGUGGUCCUCCCCUGCUCUCUAGCCCCGUCUCGCCAAGUGUUUUCUGUGCCCGAGAUACAGUUUUGCUAACACGGCUGUCGUGCCCCUAGGAGUUGACGCUUACAGCGAAUUGUGAUACGUAGGUGUUGUGUAAAUGCUACAAAUAAAAAUGAAUAUGUGGAUGUGAACGAUAUACAGGACGGAAAUUGUGUAAAGAAGACGUGUAAAGCCACUGUGUCACCCUUUUUUUUAUAGUGGUCGCAUUCCAGUGAACACCCAGUGUUAUGCUCCUAGAGCUCAUAAACCUGAGUGUACAGGGUGAUCCCAUGGUGAUGUUACAAACUUUCACCAAUGACGGAAAACGAUAAAUCUAUCAAUUUGAAGGUCCUGAAACGAUCGGGUCGAAAAUUAUAGAAAAAAUUGUUCUGAUACCUCUGAUUGUCGAAUAGAGUUGUUAUCGCUAAGACUGUAGGAGAGGCAACUUUCAGAGAUGCAAUGUGGACCUAAACAAGAAAAAAAGGCCUAGUAAACAUUAGCUCUUUAGUGCGUACCAUAAGAGCUACGACAGCUACGAGCACGUGAGCACUUGUUCUGUAGGAGAGAUGUGUUUCACAAUAGCAAACAGAGAGAGGUGGCGCAUUGGCUAGCACACUGGACUCGCAUUCGGGAGGACGGCAGUUCCAUCCCUCAUCCGGCCAUUCUGAUUUAGGUUUUCCGUGAUUUCCCUAAAUCGCUUCAGGCAAAUGCCAGAAUGUUUCUCUUCAAAGGGCACGGCCGACUUCCUUCCCCAUCCUUCCCUAUUACGAUGGCACAGAUGACAUCGCUGUUUGGUCCUUUCCACCAACUCAACCAACCAACCAACGACGGUAUCAAAUAUAAAAACCACUCUGAGCUCUUAAGGUAUGCUUUUUAGAGCCAGUAUUUACUAGUUAUUUCUUUCUUGUUUCGAUCCACACUACCACCUCUGAAAGUUACCUGUCUUAUAAUCUUAGCAAUAACAAUUGUAGUCGACUAUGAGCGGUCUCGCAACGAUUUUCGCUUCCAGCUUUCGACUCAUUCGUUUCCAGACCAUGGUGCUUUUCCCCAAAUUGAUGCGGUUACUGUUCCCCGUCAUCCCCAAAACUUCGUAACAUCAUCACAGAAUCAUCCAGUGUAACACAAUACCUGUAGGUAGCAGGCGAACUAAUUCAGUAAGCACACCUCAGACCCUCAGUCUAAAAAUUACUCCUCACUAGUCUGAAACGUAAACACCGUUUCCCUCACUUCUCUUGUCUGAAAUAAGGGCUCAUCGACUGAAGCAGGAUACAUUUUGAAAUAAAUGCUCAUUCGCUGAAACAGUAUAAAUUCUAGUUGACGUAACACGAUCAUAUGCUGCUGUGCGGCAUUUGCAUUUUGUAGCACGCACAGUCAUCUACUGUUACAUCUGAUGCAGCCAACAAAACAUUAAAGAACAGAAAUCUAAAUCAUAUGCGCUUGUAAUAACCAAAUUUGUCGAAGAACGGUGCACCAUAACAUCAGACACGAGAGAUGAUAUGCUAACAGUCAUUGCUAAAUACCGUCUUCCUGAUUGUAAGCCAAUAAGUACACUGCAGCAGUUUCAUAUUCUUUUAUAUAUUUUUUUUUCUUUCGUGGUGUUCCAUUCACAAAAUGUGAGCAUUUGGGUACGACUAAGUGUUGCCGAAAUAUUGGUCCCUUUCAGUCCCAGCAACUUAGGAGCGUGGCAAAAGGGAAUCGCAACAGGUAACAUCAGAGAAGGAAUAUCUAGUCAUCAAAUUUGUCUCACAAAACAAGAAAACUACCGAAAAUCUUUCACAUAGCAAUGAACCCUCAGUUUUUUAUUAUUAUUAUUGCCAUGUUAUUCUUCUGACAGACUAGUCCAGGCAGAAACGCUUAAAACUGCUGCGUGUAAAUUUAAUCUAUGUUUCUUAUUCGUGUAUGACUGUGGUGCAUGACUUCUUAGACAAGGAUUCAAUGAAACUGCUCAGAAGCGUGAAGUUAAGAAAAAUACCUUCACAAUUUUACAGUUUGGAAUAAUCUGUGAACGAUAGAUCCAUAAUAUUUUCGAUGUAAAGGAUUUAGCUUUGAAAGCAAUAUUUAUAAAUGUAUUAAAAUUUCUAGAGGACUAUCUGGUGUAUUUGGCACAGAACAGGAAAGUAGGAAAGUUAAGAUUUCAUAUCCCGAUCAGAAACACAGGGGCAGAAGCGAGUAAGCACUGGAUGAGCUGCACAGACUGAUACGAGUGCGCACAAAUAGAAACGCGUCCAAAAUAAAGACAAGGAGACACAGACUUUACUGCUUUCAUGUUUUCACUCAUGUUCAGAGAUGUGGCUGUCAAGGCAGCGCACUUUGUGUGGAGUGGUCGUAUUAAAGGGAAACAGCAUCUGUUACGCUUACUUGUAUCUUUUCAGUAUGGUAAUGGACAACACUGGCUUCAAAAUAGGUGCUCUACUUACUGAAAGCGGGUAAUAUUCUGUAGAAUUUUCUGUACUUCGCGGCUUGGUUUGAGCACGUCAGCCGGGCCGUGUACUGUGAAGUGAAGCGAUUACUAUUAGGAUUACGUGAAACAAAUGCCGCUGUGAAGCUAGUCAGUGUUACAGACACCAAAUGAACACUCAUCAGUAGGUUUUAAGCGUCAAUUGAUAAACUUCCUUGUAGCUGUGGCAAUGGCAUCCAGUCAGGAAACAUUCUGAACAUUACUGUUCUUCUAAAACGACAAUCUUUCUUAUAGGAAGUUCUGUUUUAUAUGAGUGAGUCAUAAUUUUGUUUUGAUUUCUAAUAACCUAUUUGUACAAUUUAUUUUAUUUUUCAUCAACAGACAAAGUCCUCCCUGAUAAAGGUUCUAAAUAACAGUGUUCCCGUUUUGUGAAAUGUCAUUGUUGUGAACAUCAUUGUCCUCAUUAUAAUGAUAUUUGUAUGCGAUACCGGGCAGUAGAAUUUUCAUUAGAAUGCGCUGACGUUUGGAGUGCUACUGCAGCUUGCGUUGUCGUUCGUAAAAUAAGGUACUGUCUGUUCCUGUGACGAAAGUGACAAAAUAUUAACAUAAAUAAUUGACUCUAAGAACGUAAUCAUGCAAUAAUCAAGGGGCAUUUACGUCAAGCAGUAACCUCGCGAUACUAUUACCAGCAAAACAAAACUGCGACUCUUGAAAUGUCUGUGAUCAGCAGAUUCAUCGGAUAAAACAAGAUUCCAAAUACUCUGAACAAUGAGAACAUUAGCCGUGUUCCUGCUAACGACGACUGUCUCCAGCUGCGUGAUACUCCAACACUCAUUUCUUAGAUGACAUUAAGCCUAAUUUUGAAAACAGCGCAGAAGUAGCUAGUACCAAAUAGUAGAAAUAAGAAGUCUCACAAAUCUGAUAAAUGUUUCUACUAGUUUACAUUUAGCACUUUGUGUGCUGUAUGAUGUCAGCUUGCAAUACAAUCUCCGUUGUAGCGUAAACGUGGAAUUAAGAAAUAUUUUUGUAUCUGUGAAAUACCAGAUAUUGGGAGAGAAUUUAGAGAAUCAGUGUGAAGUAAAUGGACGUGUAUGAGUAGUACGUGUUAAAUACUAAACGUAUAACGGGUAAUUUGCUCGAACUGACAAUCUAUAGGUUAUAUUCACGCAUUCAUUUUAACAAGAGGUGCUAUAUCUUAUUUGAAAACUUGUUUAAGUGUUAGAGAAAACAUUUUGAUGAAAAAGCAAGUGCCGCUUUUGUGCUGUGAAUUUUUAUCAACCGAUCUUCGAAAUAGAUAUUGUUUCUUCGAUGAGAGAGGCAAUACGUCAAUUUUCACAGUAUUUAUUCACAAGCAUAGUCGUCACCUUAACAGAUACAUAAAAUUACUACAUAUAAUAUGAGAACGUAAACACGCAUCUGCAAACAUCAUUAAAUAGGUACAUGAAGUAGCUAACUGUAGCACAACCUAAAUUCCUUAAAUGAGUGGGAUAAUACGCUACAAAAAGCACUUAACAAUUACCACUUGAUUUUUGGUUCUGCUACACAGUGUCUUCCAGACUUCAGUAAAACUGUAAAAUUCUGUGAGUAAUGAAACCGUUUCCACACAGAUACUUGACCAAUAUAGGUACUAUUGCACCAGAUAACUUUCAAACGCGCGUGCAACGGUUUAUUCACACAUCGGUACGAGUACCUGAAACAUUAUCUUUGAAGAGUUUAUUAUGGUUCCAUCUUUUAUUUGAGUUCCACCAUAAUAAAUUGUUCGCUAUUAGGCACACGAAAGAAAUUUUCCAACUUCUUAGUAUUUACUUGAGUUCUGAUGAAGCACAUCGCUAGCUUUUAUUAUCGUUACUUGUUACUACAGUUCCAUCGUAAUAGAUUGACACCAUGGAAGAGAUUAUCAAAAUUUUCAGUGUUUACAUGAGUCUUGAUGAAAUACGUCAUUAGCCUCCACCACGUUUCUUACUCUAACGUAAGUAACAUGUUAAGUCUACCAUAGUUUGAUUCGUAUUUAGUACUUCAUCAGAAGCUUAAAAUUAACCAUCUUCGGGUGGCGGACUCGAUAUUCUGCCAACUCGAAGCACGUGAAUGAUCAAUCCAACUAAAUUAAAAUCUGUAGGCGAAUUUCGAAACAUGAAUCCAUCAAAACAGACAAAGAAACUUUGUAUUAAAUGCAAGUAUAUUUCAUGUAUGCGAACGACUGAAUGUGUGAAUGUGUCAUAAUGAUCUGACUAACACCAACUACACUAGAGACUUCAGUAUUAGUACUGAAAUAUGGAAUUUUCGCUUUUACUGCUUACUAAUUCAAACUGAAACAUUAGUAAAGCUGUGGUAACAAAACAGUUCCGUCUCUGUAGAACUUCUGUGUGCCGUGAGUACACGUAUGAUUCUAGUGGAAUGAAUUCCCAUUAAAAUGAUAGAAAGUUGGUAGCCUACGAAGAAAAUGGCUAUUUUUUGUCUGACACUGAAAAGUGGAGGUACCCGAAAAUUGAAAGAAUAGCAAACAACUAAAAUACUUAGCAUUCAGGAAUUCAAUGUUACGUGUUUAUCGACUCAUAUAUUUCCACAAAGCUACCCGCCUACGUAAUGUCCCAUGUAGAGCACACAAACGUUCCAUAGAAGGCUUAGUUGAACAUGACCUUUUUAAAAAAGGAGUUAGUAUUAGAUCUGUCCUACUAGGGAUUCUUAGAAAACAUUUGGUCUUUCAAAAUGUGUUUCUGAAAAUAUUAUUGGACGCAUAUCGUUCAGAACAAACGCACAGCUAAAAUAUACGUAUUCAGAAAAUUACACAGCUGCCAACGAAGCAGCAUUACCUGAAGGAAAUCGCUAUAGCUAUAAUUUCACAAGUUUAAUUUUCAUUUUGCUGAAGAUACCUACAAGUGAAUGUGUAAAUGUACCUAAUUUACAAAAUCUGUAAUAUAAAUGUUUAUUAAAUCAACACUGUGUGUAAAUUAAUGUAAAUACUUGUGGCCAAAUGUCAAAUAUUCUCCAUACGUAAUUGUAAGUUUGAAGUUAAGAAAACCUAAUAGGGAAAUCUAAAUUCUUCCUUCUUUACCUGUGAUUCAUAAGGUAAGAUACAUAGCUAAUAUAAGUUGUUGAAAAUGUAACGAGAGAUUGUUUAAACCAAAGGACAAACUGAAUUAUAAAAUGUAUGUAGCGACU